GUAAGGACAGAGGGGAGGAGGUGCAGCAGAGGGGGAGGAGAGCAGCAGGAGGAGAUGGGGGAAGACAUCACUGCCUCCUCAACCACCACCAUCGCCAAAGGAAACACUGUAAUCUCAAGGACCAUCUCAACAAAUUCCUCAGGAUUUUAGCACGGGUUAAGUCCACAGGCUAAUAACAUUUCAACGUCGUUGCUUCGUAUUAUCCGACAUCUUUGACUUUUUAAAACCGACCAAUCCCAGGCAGCAAAACAACCAGGCUGUCCUACAUUUCGACACUUAUUUAUUUAUUUCUCGUAAUCGCAUCGCCCUUUCCGAAAAGUUGCGUCCUGGUGACGGUAUUGGUUGUUUUUUUAAAGAAGUAAAUCGUUUCGUUUUGAAGAGAAUGCACCGGCAGGCACGAGGGCGGAGAGAGACUGAUGCUUCCGAGCCACGAGAGCAACGAUAAAAGCACGGACAUUGUGAUCCAUGAUAAUGCAGAGGAGAGAGAUGCUCGACGGAGAUUAUUUUAAACAUCUGUGUUGACGUGAGAACCGCAACCGGAACAAAGGUGCUAAAUAAUCCCUAUAGCCAAAAUAUCUAACCAUUAAUGUGGCCAAUAUCGAUUUAACGCCUGAGGAGAGAGGUAGGCCUGCUGUUGACUGUUAUUUAAAUCGUGAAAUAUGGUGAAUAAACCCAGCCACGAUGUCUUUGUCCCCCUAAUAUAACGUUAAGCUAUUUGUGGGGGAAAUGGACCGUUGCGUGAGGAGUGUUGCGAUCAAUGUGCAGUGAUUGACAUCCCAUGUGCCUCAUAAGACUGACUAGAUAACAGAUGCAAAUAUUUCAUGGUGCAUCCGUUGUAAUAGCAAACCUUUCCAAGUGACAAUUUAUUUUUCGACAAUAUGGGGAGCGACAGUGAAAUUUUAAACCGGGAGCUGUCAAAGAUAUCAGAUGAAGACUUGCUGGCUUGCUCGAAGGAAGAACUCGUGAACCGACUGCGCAUGGAAGAAUCGGAAAAGAUGUCAGCAUUAAUACAGCGCGGUCGACUGAUCAAAGAGGUCAAUAAACAACUGCAGGGACAUCUUCUCGAAAUCAGGGAACUUAAAGUCAUCAACCAGCGUCUUCUAGAGGAGAACCAAGAGCUGAGAGAUCUAUGCUGCUUUCUGGACGACGACCGCUUGAAAGUAAAGAAGCUCGCGCGAGAGUGGCAACUGUUUGGCCACCAGGCGGCAAAAGUGAUGCGCGAGGACCUCGGCGGAUACCUCAAGAAACUCGCCGAUUUGGAGCGCAUGCAAGACGGCCUGGUGAAGGAGAACCUGGACCUGAAGGAACUUUGCUUGGUGCUGGAGGAAGAGUGCGUGAGCAGGAGCGAUUCAAGCCCAGGUGGCUCUACGGAUCUCAACAUACCGUGUAUGGUGGCCCGGGACCUGGGUGAUGGGAGCUCCAGCACAGGGAGCGUGGGGAGUCCAGACCAACUGCACUUGGUGUGUUCACCAGACGACUGAUGGAGAGGCAGUGGAGCACAGCCAUAUCACUUUAACCUUCUCUUUUAUGCUUAGAAGGACUGUAUAUAUGUCUACAAACUCAGAGAGGCAGAGCAGUUUACAUUUUCUGAAAAUGACAUCUCAGCUAUUUCAAUGGAAAUAGACAAUGAAGUAGGCUAGUUUACGCAUGGCCUUUUGAUGCCAUAAGUACACUUUUCUCUAUAUCUCAUGAAUAACAUUUUAUAGUUGGGCACCUUUAAAACUUGAGUUUGGUUAUUUUUAGAGGGUGGCAGGCGAAUCGAAAUAGUUUUAAGCUUUUGAAAUGGCACACUUUCACAGAAAUCUUCAUUUUGGAAAGCAUUACUUUGAUGGAAAUGCUUAAUACAUACACUGGUAUGUAUUUCAGCUGUUUUGCUUGCCAAAUUUUAGAUUUCUUGUAAAUCCCAUUUAGUAGCAUUAUUUGAAUGUAAGUUUUAUCCAAGUAUUGCUGGAAUUUUCCCAUUCAUCUCUUAUUUAGGGACAUAAAUAAGUUUAGUUUGGAGGUUGACAUUUGAAACAACUAACCAUACUGUUAACUUUAACCAGGUUUUAAUGUGCACUGAUCUGUUCACAUGCUGAUGUUUCUUCUAUGAUGCACUACCACAGGGCUGAAAUAAAUCUUGAAUCUUUAAAGAUUCACAUUUUUAAACUGAUUAGAGCCAUAUACUCUGUAGUGAUCUGUUUGAGAUCAUAAAAAAGCACUGAAUACAUUUUCAGCAAUUCAGAGGAUAGUUUCAAAGGAUUGUGCAAAGUGAAGCCUCCGUUGUAAGCGGAUCAGCCUGAUUUUGUGAUGUAAUGACAUGGCUGUAAUUUGGAGGCCCAAUAGUGUGAUUCACUGGAAAUGCACGUUAUUAACUUUUUUACCCUAUGAAUUUUGUGUUUGUUUAUUUUGAACUGGACAAUAUAAUUGACUAGAUGUAGUGAUGUGUGCUCCACUAAACAUGGUUUUUGUGCUCGACACUGGUUUCAAAUUGAACAUUAUUUUGUAUUAAGCCCACUUUAUGACAUAACUGUUCAGCUGUACUGUACAAAGCUUUUUUGUGUUCAGCUCUUGCUUUGAUAAGGCUUUAAUACAUCCUAAAUUGACAGACUGAUGUUGUAUAUGACAACAUUGACAUACAAUUUUUAGUAAAAUAGUGUUAUAGUAGUCUUUUUAUUUGCUACGUACUACAAAACCCUCAUACAUAGGAUUGUUUUGUUAUACAUGUUUAAAUCUGAAUAUCAUGACCAGUAUUAUUUUAGUGAAUGCACAUUGCAAUGGUUUAGACCAGACCCAGUUCUCUGACUGCUUUGUUUCAGGCUAUGCUCAUAAUGAAUGGGAUGGCUUUAAAUACACUUUACUGAGACACCAA